AGAGUAUCCUCAGCCCCAGAGAGAGAGAUGGAGACACGCACCUGACCAUCGAGAUAACCUCAUGAUGAGCGGACCUGUCUGACAUGGGCUGUGAGGGGUCAGGGGUCGCGCCCCCAAGUGGGGGCACCACACUGUCGUCUGAUUUGGACUGGGCCGAGGGUGCGCGCCGAGAUAAAGUGAUGAAGAAGACAACGGUUCUCGCCGUCCUGGUGGUGGUCCUCACGUACCUGAUGGUCGGAGCGACUGUCUUCCAGCUCCUGGAGCAACCCUACGAGCAGAGUCAGUGGACGUCCAUCUCUCAGGCCCGGGAGAGCUUCCUGCUUGAUAACACGUGCGUGGAGCCAACUCGACUUGACCAGCUUCUGGAGCAAACUGUGGUCGCUGUGGAGCUGGGACUGGAUCCUUUUGGGAACAGCAGUAACGUCAGCACCAGCUGGGAUCUGGGUAGCGCGUUCUUUUUCGCUGGGACCGUCAUCACCACCAUCGGUUUCGGAAAUAUCUCGCCCAAGACAGAAGGGGGAAAGAUUUUCUGCAUUGUCUAUGCCUUGGUGGGUAUUCCAAUGUUUGGCUUUCUCCUGGCCGGUGUUGGUGACCAACUGGGAUCUGCCUUGGGGCAGUUGAUUGGGAAAGUUGAAGACAUUUUCUUGAAAUGGAAAGUGUCCCCCACUCUCAUCCGAGUGCUAUCCACCCUGCUCUUCAUCCUGAUCGGCUGCCUGAUGUUUGUGUGCUUCCCCGUGCUGGUUUUCCGAUGGAUGGAGGAUUGGCCUCUCCUGGACUCUGUCUAUUUCGUCGUGGUUACCUUGACGACUAUCGGAUUCGGGGAUUACGUGGCAGGUGGAGAUUCCAAACGGGUUUACAGAGUGUGGUAUAAGCCUGUUGUGUGGUUCUGGAUCGUCUUCGGUCUGGCCUAUUUCGCUGCGAUCCUCUCGAUGAUUGGAGACUGGCUCAGGGUUCUGUCCAAGAGGACCCGGGCGGAGAUGGGAGGCCUGACGACACAGGCAGCCAACUGGACAGCCAACCUCACCACGGAGAUCAAAGUGACUCACAAGCGCCUCAGCCUGGAGAUUCGUGACAAGGCGCAGCGCGGAGGUGUGGCCCUCACCCAGAAGGCCUCGCCCGAGGCCCAGGGCUCUCCCGGUCUGGAUCCUGGCCCCCGGGAGUGGGAGGAAGCGGAGGCAGAGGAGGAGGACUCGAGGCCUUUCGAUUUCCUGGGUGAGGACCUGGCCUUCAUCGACGCCGAGGAGUCGGAUCGCCUCUCGGGGCGGCCGUCCCCGAUGCCUGCUGUGCGCCGUGGCAAACGCAGGGGGCACCGCAAGCAGCCGAGGAGUGCCAACGGCUACCCGGGGCAACAGGAACACCCCUUGCAGACCAGAGACACAGGGGAGAACAUCUGA